AUGGCUUCAUCUUCUUUAGCUUUCUCUUCUGCACAAUUACACAUUUCCUUGCAGAGAUCACAAAAACCUGCUUCAAAACCAUUAAAACCAGCACCCUUUUUCCAACCAAUCAAAGCCUCUGUCUCCAAAACGCCAUCCAUUUCUACACCACCACCUCCGGCGUCGUCAACGGUUUUGCCACCACAACCUACGAAGCUUCCGAUCAGAAAAAUUCCGGGGGACUAUGGACUCCCUUUGAUCGGACCAUGGAAAGACAGACAAGACUACUUUUACAACCAAUGCAGGGAUGAAUACUUCAAGUCCAGAAUCCAAAAAUACCAGUCUACAGUCUUUAGAACCAAUAUGCCACCCGGCCCUUUGAUUACCUUUAACUCGAAAGUCAUAGCUUUGCUCGACGGCAAGAGUUUUCCUGUCCUUUUCGACACUGAUAAAGUCGAAAAGAAGGACGUCUUCACCGGUACAUACAUGCCGUCGACUGAACUCACCGGUGGUUAUAGAAUACUCUCCUAUUUGGAUCCAUCGGAACCGAACCACGCCAAACUGAAGAAGAUCAUGUUCUUUUUACUGUCUCUUAGGCGUGAUCAGGUGAUCCCGGAGUUUCACAGCAGCUAUACAGAGCUGUUUGACAAUUUAGAAAGAGAAUUAGCCACUAAAGGGAAAGCAAGCUUUGGAGAGGCUAAUGAUCAAGCUGCAUUUACAUUCUUGGCUCGAUCUUUAUACGGUGCUAACCCAGUAGACACCAAACUUGGGUCCGACGGACCUAAGAUUGUCAGCAAAUGGGUGCUGUUUCAACUGCACCCACUGCUAAUUCUUGGUCUACCAAGGGUUAUUGAAGAUGGCACUUUACACUCAAUUUCUCUUCCACCAUUCUUGAUAAGGAAAGAUUAUAAAAGAUUAUAUGAUUUCUUUUACCAGAACUCAACUCCAGUUCUUGAUGAAGCUGAAAAACUUGGUCUAUCACGAGAAGAGGCUUGCCACAAUCUCAUCUUCGCCACUUGCUUCAAUUCAUUCGGUGGUAUGAAAAUUUUCUUCCCCAAUAUGCUUAAAUGGGUUGGUCGAGCCGGAGUCAAGCUCCAUACAGAGCUGGCACAAGAAAUCCGGUCGGCCGUCAAAUCAACCGGCGGCAAAGUCACCAUGGCUUCCAUGGAACGCAUGCCUUUGAUGAAAUCAGUAGUCUACGAAUCCCUAAGAAUCGAGCCUCCGGUGCCUCUCCAGUACGCCAGAGCCAAACACGACUUCGUGAUUGAAUCCCACGAUGCAGCGUUUCAAAUUAAGGAGGGAGAAUUGCUCUUCGGGUUCCAACCAUUUGCGACCAAGGAUCCUAAGAUUUUCGACCGGGCCGAUGAGUUUGUUCCGGAACGGUUCAUCGGGGAGGAAAGUGAAAAACUGUUGAAACACGUCCUCUGGUCUAACGGACCGGAAACAGAGAGUCCCUCCAUUAAUAACAAACAGUGUGCCGGAAAAGACUUCGUAGUGCUGAUUUCGAGGCUGAUGCUGGUGGAGUUGUUUCUCCGUUACGACUCCAUUGAAAUUGAAGUCGGUGCAUCGCCGUUAGGUGCCAAAGUUACUGUAACAUCGUUGAAGAAAGCCAGUUUCUAG